UCAAUCUCACAAAGCAACGAACGCUGUCUCAUUCGUGUAGGUCCGUGUUGUAGGUUAGUUCAUUCGGUCCGAUAGUCACAGUCGCGUCCUAAUUAAACUUCGAGUUGAGUACAUAAAGUUCGGUUAAAGUGAACCCAAACUCGUCAAAGAUGCGAUCCCUGGAAAACAACGGAAACAACGUCCUGGAAGCCGAAAACAGAGUACCGUCCUUGAGUAUUGUAAUCGACGACUUCGACUCCUUAAAGGAAGCGAAUAAUAAGGAACAAAAGAUAGGGCAGGGAAGUGGAAACGCAGCGCCACCUAGAAUUUAUACCAGAUCGUUUUCAGACGCGUCCAUAAAGAAAAUAUUGGAGGAAGCGGAGCAGAGAAAACACGAGUUCUGGAAGUUGCUGGACGAACACACGGCCGUAAUCGAGAACCUCAAGAGAAUAGAAAAGUUCGAGCAUAAAAUCAUUUGAGCCGACGACGACGAACAACGAUCAUCCGACAGUUUUAGGUCUCAUAUCACGAUCUAGAACGGCACGACGCACACUUAUGUAAAAACGAUUUAUUGUUGUAAUACCUUAGGAUUACACUGGAAACACGUAACUAAAGUAAUCUAAAAUGACGGAAGGCAUUUAGGUAGUAUUUAGUAAAAAAACCAAAACGCCUUAUAUAAAUAACGCCAUGUCUAUAUAUUCGACAUUUGCGCAAGUCCAGAUCGGUUAUGCUCGCGAUCUUCGCGCCAUCUGUCGAUUGCCUUAUCAAAUAUAGUUGUACAAUCUAGUAGGAAAAUUUCAGUAACGAAUAUGGUAGACUGUAAAUUGGAAAGACUGAAGAUUAACGUUUUAUUGUUUCCGUAAUACGCGCAAUUAAAUCCCCCGUAAAUUGUAUAAAUACGUAGCAAUAAUUUAUCCGUUGCAGGAUAAGCGAGACGAGGUUACUUUGUGUAACUAACGCGUUAGCUGUAAGGUUUUAUUAUGCAGAAUGAUAGUUUUACUAUUUUGCUAGUAGUAUUAUUAAACGGUUAGCAAAG